CAUAUAAACCUAGUCACAAAUAAUGGCAUCCUGGUUAUAUGAAUGUCUUUGUGAAGCUGAGCUUGCACAGUAUUACCCUCAUUUUACUGCUCUUGGCCUUCAGAAAAUAGAUGACUUAGCCAAGGUUACAAUGGAGGACUACUCCAGUUUAGGAGUCCAUGACAUGAACGACCGCAAACGGCUUUUCCAACUUAUCAAAAUCAUUAAGAUUAUGCAGGAAGAAGAUAAAGCUGUCAGUAGCCCAGAGCAUCCUCUUCAGGCAAGCAGCCUAUACACCAAGCCUCGGAAAGUCAGAUCAGGCCCCCGGAGACAACUGCAUUUUGAUUCUCCUGCUGACAGCAAAGACAGGAUGGCCAGCAGCACAGUGUGCAGCUCAUCCGACUUCUCUGCAGAUGAGCAGAGGUCCACUCACCUGAAAGGGCUGGAACACAUGCUACCAGAUGACUCCCAGUGCCAGAAUGGAGUGAGAACCUGGGGUGCCUCAGCUGCUGAUGCUUACGUGCCAACAGAAACUAACACUGCACUCUCCCCAUCUAGUUACUUUUCUCCAAAACUAGGAAAUUGUGAUAUGCCCAUUAUUCAAAGAGUCUCGCAUGCUUCGGGGUAUAACUAUGGAAUCCCUCAUUCUUGUGGCAGACAGAUCACCUCAGAGAAUCCUUGGACUGAAAUGGAGAAAAUCAGAGUUUGUGUUCGAAAACGGCCUUUAGGUGUAAGGGAAGUGCGUCGUGGAGAAGUUAACAUUGUUACUGUAGAAGAUAAAGAAACUCUACUUGUACAUGAGAAAAAAGAAGCAGUUGACCUCACACAAUAUAUUCUUCAGCAUGUUUUUUAUUUUGAUGAAGUCUUUGGUGAGGCAUGCAGCAAUCAAGAUGUAUACCUGAAGACUGCUCACCCUCUCAUUCAGCAUAUUUUCAGCGGAGGCAAUGCUACUUGCUUUGCAUAUGGACAAACAGGUGCUGGGAAAACCUAUACCAUGAUAGGAACUCAUCAAAACCCAGGAUUGUAUGCUCUGGCUGCCAGAGAUAUCUUCAGGCAACUGAAAGUGCCCCAGACAAGAAAGAGCCUCUUUGUGUGGAUCAGCUUCUAUGAGAUCUACUGCGGACAACUUUAUGACCUCCUGAAUAGACGGAAAAGGCUCUUUGCUAGAGAAGACAGCAAGCAUGUGGUGCAGAUAGCCGGCCUUCGAGAACUGCAAGUGGACAGCGUGGAGCUCCUCUUACAGGUGAUCUCAAAGGGCAGCAAGGAACGCAGCACUGGGGCCACUGGUGUCAAUGCAGACUCCUCCCGCUCCCACGCUGUCAUCCAAAUUCAGAUCAAAGAUGCAGCCAAGAGGACAUUUGGCAGGAUCUCUUUCAUUGAUUUGGCUGGGAGUGAGAGAGCAGCAGAUGCCAGAGACUCAGACCGGCAGACAAAGAUGGAAGGCGCAGAAAUAAACCAGAGUCUUCUGGCUCUGAAAGAAUGUAUCCGAGCACUGGACCAGGAACACACCCACACACCUUUCAGGCAGAGCAAACUGACUCAGGUCCUGAAGGACUCUUUCAUUGGCAAUGCCAAAACUUGUAUGAUCGCCAACAUCUCACCAAGCCACAUAGCCACAGAGCACACACUGAAUACCUUGCGCUAUGCUGACCGGGUGAAGGAACUAAAGAAAGGCAUUAAGUGUUGUGCUUCAGCUGCCAGUCAGAAUCAGACAUCUGGAAACUCCUCUCCAAAACGAAUUCAGAGCUCCCCUGUCACCCUGCCAGGGGACAAGUGUUCCCCAAAAAAAGUUAAACUGGGGCUUCAGCAGUCACUUGCUGUGGCCCCAGGCCCCACAAGAGUUAAAGCCCACCCUUUGAGCAGCCAUGCUCCCAACAUCCCCUUUGCCUCUGGGCCUAAAACCCCUGGGAAAAGGACUAGCUCCCAAGGAAGUCUUGCCCUAGACCUGGACGGGCAGGCUAGCCCUUGCAAAGGAACCAUGAGAUCUGGCCAUUCGAUCAAAAAGGGAGCAGAGUCAACACCAUCGUGCUCUGAGAAAAGUCAGAUUGGCAGCAAGACUGCUGUUGCGUGGGAGGGCAGGGCCUCAGGUCCAAGAGAAGGCCUGCUGCGCGCCAGGCUGCCUGCCAAAGGGAAGAAGGUGCAGCCAGUGCAGAAGCAGCUGCUGCCCCGAGCUUGGCUCCUUGGCAACAGCUGCCACUUAGAAGCCAGUCAGGACAGCAAGGUGGGCACUACUGCCCCUGAGGCUUGGACAGACCCCCUUCCCCAGCAGAAGGAAAGGGAGGAACAUUUGCGAUUUUACCACCAGCAGUUCCAGCAGCCACCCCUCCUCAAGCAAAAGCUAAAAUACCAACCACUAGAGAGGCUUUUAUGCCAGCAGAGACCCUCAGAAGGUAGGCUCCAAAAUGAAACUGUUUCUCCCCUCCACUCUAACCCUGAAAGCCAUAAUGGAGCCCAGGCUGAGGAUCCCGACGACAGUGAUUUCAGUGAGGAUUCUUUCUCACAUGUCUCCAGUCAGCCAACCACAAAGCAGAGAAGCAACGUGGAGAGCGGAAGCUCCUUCUUCCUCCAUCAAGACAGGAAGCGCAGCCCUGAGGAACAGACGGCAGAAAGGCAGCAACGUCUACUUUUCCGCUCUGAGACAGAUGGUGAUAAGAAGAGGCCAGCUGACAGCUCGGUGUGUUCCAGGGAUCCCAUCAUCAACCACAGAAGAGGAGCACUCAGCCAAAGCCAUAGCCCAAGUAUGGUGUGCUCAGACUGCGCCUCCACAGGGCCUUCUCCCAAGGACAGGUGGGCCCAGAAACCUUCCUCUGCGCAGGUAGAUUUUGUACAUCACCUAGAAACCAAUGGAGCUCAAACGUUUGCCAUCAGACUGGAGGCCUUCAGAAGCGAGGUUCCUGCUCAGGCUGAGGGCAGCCUUCCCUCUCCACAAAACAGGCUGUCUUUCCCACUAUCCCACAUGGCAGUUUCUGGUUCUCCAGACCAAAGAGACAGAGUCUCUAUGCCAUCAAGAGAUGUCAGUGAAGACAGAGUGACUCAGACUCCAGGAACAGUAAACAGCAGUGCUCUUUUCCAAGAAGACGCUAGUGAGCAGUUACUGACCUGCUCUGCAAAUGCUUCUGGACUCAUGGCUCCUCUCACUAUGUCCCUCCUGGAGACCCCCAGUCAUGAGGACCCUUCUGACGUGGAGCACACUGCACAGGAUACAGCUAGCCCUGGUCUCAUGGCUGAGGUCAUAGGAGGGCCAGCAGUGGGACACACAGUAUCAUCCUUUGAUCAAGAGGCCGCCUUGCCCGUGUCCUCAACAACUGCAUGCCUAUGGCUAUCCUCAUCUCCACCUGACCGUCGGCCUAGUGGUGAUCUUCCACCUCUGUCUCCAUCACCCAUCCAUCAGCAUCCCCCUGACAAAGUACCCAGUAGGGAGGCCUGCCCGAACAGAAGGCCUGCACUUCUGCCCCAGAAUCAUGUGGGCAAUGAGCCCUAUGACGACGAUGCUGAAGAGACUGAGCUGGGAGGCUCCUUGGCAUUCCCAAGAAAGCCCUUCUCCAUCCUACACGCUGGGCGUCCCCAUGCUACACCUGUGCUCACCUCAUGUACAGGAAGUAGUGAUGGAGUUGACCAUCCCUGGGCCCAAGAGAGAAAAUGUCCUACAGGAAUUAGCUGGCCAGACCUUGUUUCCUCCACAGACCCCAUCAAACCCUGUUACAGUGAGGACAUCUCAUGGCUCACACGUAGGCCAAUCUCAAUGAGAGACUCAGACUCUCCUGUAGUCCCCAGCUGCUCUCUCAAGACCUCGGGGUUACUCUGUCCACUUACACCAGAGCAGGCACAGCAGGUGAUCAUCUGUGCACACCAGGAACAGCUGGAUGAAAUGGCUGAACUGGACUUCAAGGAGGAGACCUUAAUGACCCAGAUGGAUUCUAAUGAUUUUGAAGAUUUUGUGACCCAGCUGGAUGAAAUCAUGGCUUUGAAGUCCAAGUGCAUCCAGAGUCUAAGAAGCAAGUUACAGCUCUAUCUCACCUGCCAGAGGCCAGCUGCAGCCCCCGAGAAAACCGUGGUAUCUUAGAGGAAGGGCUCACCUGGGUGGACACUGCCAUGCUCUCUAGGGCUGA